UCAGUUGCAGUUAUCUGUAGACCACGCGCGGGAAAAGUUGCGUACCAUAGUUUUUUAAAAUUCGAACUAUAUACAGACUAUUUUUUAAUUUGCCUUAAGCGGGUAUAAUAAAGAAAAUAACAUGACGACGCUUUUAAGAAAAAUGUGGAGGAACCAUUCGAAGCACAAAAAAUUAUGCGAGGAAUGGGCCCUAGCGGAAUGCGAGGGAGAGGGCUGGUGGAGGGAAGCUCGUGACGGGAGAGGCAAUUCCGAAGUCCGCUACGCGGGUAUGGCUCCGGUAGAACGGGCUGCUUCGGCACCCGCAACUGCCCUCGCUGUAAGGUCAGCCUUACACACGGCCAAGACUGUAAAUAAGAAGCUACAGCGAGUGAAUCUGGACAUCAGUUCCAAGGGCAUUCUAGUGACCGACGCAGACUCACAAGAAAACGUGCUCAGUGUCUCAAUUUACAGGAUCUCAUACUGCUCGGCGGACGCGGCGAACGCGCGCGUGUUCGCUGUGGUGGAAGGCAAGUGCGUGGGCGGCGACGACUCGCACGUCGUGCACGUGUUCGUGUGCGCGCGGCGCAGGCAAGCGCGGGCGCUCGCUUUGUCGCUGGCGCACGCUUUCAACGACGCGUACCAGGCAUGGCAAGCAAAUCAAGCUGCUUCCUUGAAAUCGGGUGGUAAACGACUAGUUACUCCAUGGGUGCACUUUCCCGAUGAAUCUGAGGAAGAAAGCGACGGCGAACAAUGGAACUCUCCCGCUCCGCUUGUGACUUUCGCCUAAGCCUAUUUAAGAACAUAUUUAGAUAUUUAAAAAAAAGUAUACUUAUAAACGUAUUUGUAGAAUUAGUUACUAUUAUUCGAUAUGAUAAUAAUUGAUAAGUUGGUUUUAUAUAUUUUUUAUAAACAUCAGCAUCGAAGUUAAAUAGCUUUAAAACAAAAUGAAGGCUGGGCUACUAUAUAUAUAAAUACUUUUAUAUUUAAGGAAAAAUAUUACUAUAUAUUUAUAUUAGCUAUAAUUUCUGAAAAUCAAUUUUAAGAUCUUUUAAGAAAAAAAUAAUUAUUAAAAAAUAACUGUUCUUUCUCUCUAAAAUAAGGUUUCAUUAAAACAACUUACUUAUCGAUGAAGCAUAAAACGACGAUCUUUGCAUAAAAUACGAGAACCGUCGAUGGGGAAUGUAUUAAUUUUAUGCUACAUUACAUAUACACAUAAUUUUUCUCUUUUAUAUGAAUAAUAAAGAUUAUUGUAUUAUAAAUGUAUUGUACUUUGUUAUAUUUGGACUUUUAAUGUAUUAAUAAAAUAGUAAACAAUAAUUACAGUUUUAAUUGAUUAUCAUUCGGAAUAUACGUAUAAUUUUAUAUAAAUUAUGAUUAUUAUUAUUAUAUUACUU